AUGGACAGGCCAAAGCGAGCCCGUAGCGCCAAAUGGGGCCAGGCAUGUGCCCCUUGCGCAGCCGCAAAGACACGAUGCAUUCGCUCAAGAAAGGUUCGAGAGGCGAAAUGUGACCGGUGCCACGACCUCAGCCAGGAUUGCUGUGACCAAGUUCAGCGACCGCGGAAGAAAAGACAGCCCAAUCGCUCGAAAGCAGCCGAGCUGGAAGAGAGACUGAACAGUCUUCUCGAGGCUCUAGAUACGUCCGGUGAGAGAGACUACCCGAUCCCGUUUAGCAUAUCAACACGCAGCGAGUCAGGAAAUCUUGCGGGAUCCCGGGCUCAAGACCGGCCAAAUCAGGAGAACCUGGUUCUGGAUACCCCAGUGUCCAAAUUCGACUCCAGCGCACCUGUUUCAUGCACGUGUAAGGCACCUAUCGGCAAAGCCGAUCUUGCAGCUUCGGAGUCAGACGAAACUCUAUUGUCCAUUUACACAAAUAAGCUCUGUUCAUAUUUCCCAUUUGUCGUGAUUCCACCUGAGACGACUUCAAAGCAACUACAUGAAACACGGCCGUUUCUCAUGAAGGUAAUUAGGAUGGUGGCUUCAGUCCGAUAUCUGACGGCUAUGCGGGGACAAAGUCGCGCCGUCUUCAAGGAUAUAUGCAACGCGAUGCUGAUGAAAUCUGAGCGGUCCUUAGACCUUCUCCAAGGCAUCUUAAUCUUCCUGGGGUUCUAUCAUUACUUCUGUAUGAGCCAUGCCCAUUAUAACAGUCUCGUCCAUCUAGCACUCAGCCUGAUGGAAGAUCUCGAUCUGAACACCUGCCCCGGCUUGAAGGCCCGGGAGGAGCAUCAUCGUCUCGCUCUCGUACGUAACGAGGAACCGCAAUCGAGAACGAAUGAGGAAAGGAGAACCCUUCUGGGUGUCUGGUAUAUGACUUCAAACGCCGCGCUGGUUGUCAAGCAAUUGGGACCCGCGAGAUACACAAGAUACAUAGACCAAUGUAUGCAGGAACUUGAGAGUGCUGCUGUAUGUGAGACCGAUCAGCUCGCCGUACAGCUGGUUCGUAUUCAACAUCUCACCGAGAAAAUCUUCCAUUUCCACACUGGGGAUCAGUUCUCCAGUGAAUUGACAGGUGUUCCGAAGGACGGGGCCGUGGAAUAUCUAGUCGCCUUUCAGGCAGAGCUGGAUAGACUUCGAAACGAAAUACCACUUAAUCUCAAAACAAACUCGCUGCUAUCUUGCCACUAUUGCAGUGCUUCACUGCGCCUCUUCUCACCUCUCCUUGCCGAUGCAUAUCUUGUAGAAGCUGUUCCUCAGCCAUUUACCUCGCUCUUUCAGUCAGGUUUAUGGCCCCGCGAUAUCUUCUCACAUUUCACGGCUGCCCUCAAGGAUUGGUUCAACUACUGGCUCACAGUCCCUGUCUGUUCCUACUUCUACUUGCCCCAGCCUGUCUCCACUCAGCUCAUCCAUGCCUCCAGGAACCUGGUCGAGUGGGUGAGACUUUGUGGCCCGACCGCGGUAAAGUUCUCCAGUACUGACACUGUGAGCCCUUCCUUAUUUCAAAAAGACGUCACCAUACUUGUGCAGUCUCUUCCAUCAUUCAUUGGCGUUCCACCAUGCCCAGUGCUGGUCGCUCCUCAGACUCCAGUGUCAACCUCAGACUCCAGUUAUUAUGCUCAAGCAAUGCUCGACAUGCUCCGGGCAGAAGUCUUCGCCCAGCCCCAGCUCCGUGUAGACGUCCUGGGUAUCGCCGAGGCUAUGGCUGUUCGGUUUGAGUCUGCGAAGAAGGAGAUGGCUGCGGCGCAAGGCGGUGUGUGGGGGAACGAUAUGUGGGACGCAGCUGCCGAACAGAUGCGGAUGAAGAAAGCCAGGGUCGAGGAAUGGUGCGAGAAUGCUGUCGAUACGGUGAUUGACAGGGAGAACCAGCCACUAGUCAACCCACUCGACCACGGCGAGGUGACGGCUGGCUGGUGGAGUAGGAGUCAGAAUUUCGAGCCACAAGAUGGCCAGAACAGCUUGCUGUGGGCGAGUGAUGCUUUUGAUGGCAUUGAUUGGGAAUCAUCAUUCCUUGAAAUUUCUGGAGGUAGUUCUAUGGCUCAGGUUGGUGACAUGAUACCUACGGGGUAG